GCUUCGCUAGCUGUUCCGUUGGAUAAAUCCUCCGGCAACUGGCGUUUGUGGACCAGCUCGACUCUACGUGGAAGAUGAGACUGGGUGGACCGCCCUGCUGCUCCUGCUUCACCCAGCUGCAGCCCGCCGCCGCUUCAAGGCUGCGCCUGCCACCGGCUCGCGCCGCAAACACCACCUCCGACUCGGCCACGCGGCUGAGGGCAGUGCUUGAGCAGGUGGACGACGAGCUGCGGAAAGGGAACGACGAGGGCGCGCUGUCCCUCGUGCGCGGCACGCAGGGGGAGGGCGGCGGACUCCGGUGCUUUGGUGCCGCCAGGCAGGUACCUCAAAGACUUUAUAAACUAGAUGAGCUUAAGCUAAAUGGGAUCGAUACCUCUUCUUUUCUAUCUCCGGAGGAUCGGACUUUGGGAUCAAUUGAGAGAAAUCUCCAAAUUGCUGCACUUCUUGGAGGCCUUUCUAUUUCAGCUGCAUUUGAGCUUUCUCAAUUCCAAGCUCUGUUUCUCUUUGUAGGCCUACUAUUCGUGUGGUCUGUUGAUUUGAUAUAUUUAAAUGGAGGGGCUAGAAACUUGGUUCUCGACACACUUGGUCACAGUCUCAGCCAGAAGUACCAUAACAGAGUUAUUGAGCAUGAAGCUGGUCACUUCUUGAUAGCAUACUUGCUUGGAGUGCUCCCGAAGGAAUAUACUAUCACAAGUUUAGAAACACUUAAGAAAAAAGGAUCAUUGAAUGUACAAGCUGGGACAGCUUUUGUGGACUUUGAAUUUGUUGAAGAGAUCAAUUCAGGCAAACUGUCCGCGAAGAUGCUGAACAAGUUCUCAUGUAUUGCGCUGGCUGGAGUAGCAACAGAGUAUCUUCUGUAUGGAUACGCUGAAGGAGGACUAGCUGACGUCAACAAGCUGGAUGGGUUGUUCAAGAGCCUGGGUUUCACCCAGAACAAAGCUGAUUCACAGGUGAGAUGGGCUGUGCUGAACACUAUUCUGUUACUGCGCCGCCACGAAAAGGCUAGAUCGAAGCUUGCGGAGGCAAUGUCCUCUGGGAUAUCAGUUGGAUCUUGCAUUCAGGUCAUAGAAGAGAGUAUAAACACAGAGGAUAUUUGAUAGCUAGUGUGAACACUCAGCAUAUUGCACGGUGGUGCUGCAACAUACAGAUCGCAGCGGUGUACACCUCUAUAAUGUACAUCAUAUUUUACCUUCUACUGGUACUAGACUACUAGUAAGAGUUACAUAUGAAGACAUAUUAA